AUGGAGAAGGCUGGCCAGGAUAGCCACCCCAUUGAAAUUGGGGCUCUGGGCAGGGUUCUGGCCCGAUGCCCGAUACGAGGAUUGCCAUGCUCGCUGCUGCCGACCACAGCCGCCAAAGACACCUUGGUCACAACUUCGAAGCACGGUGGCCGGCGUCGCGCCCUGAGGGCACUGUAUGUGUACAGCGGGAGGGUCCAGGACCGCGAGCUGGAAGACCCUGAAGGGGACAACCCCGAGGCCGGGGCGCGGGCUUGCCUGAGGAAGGCCUGCCUGGCCCACGGGGCCCGCCUUGGCUCAGUGCCCUUAGAGGAGCUGGAGCUCGGCGAGCCAAGCCUGCUCAACGCCUUCUACGCGGCAGAUAUUGCUAUUGCAGACAUGAGUGAUGUCUCCAGACAUUCCUUGAUUUUCUACUAUCUUGGAGUCCGUGAAAGUUUCAACAUGACUAAUAAUGUGAUCCUUUACUACAACGCAGACAUUGAAACAGCUGUUUUACUGGAGGAUUUUGUAACUUGGAAAAACAAAGUAACUAGCGGAAACUAUUAUUUCAUCCCGUACAUUCUGACACCAUGUGCUGAAUAUUUUUGCUGUGAGAACAAUAUCCAGAAUAAGGCUUCUGAGUACCUACAACCCAACUGGUACACCAUUCUCAGCCCACUCUGUGUACCCCUGGUGGACAAGUUUUCUAGCCUCCUCAUGGACAUCCACUCGAAAUCAUGUGCUUACUUCAAACAAGCAUUAUUAAAUGACAUCCAGAGAACCAGAGGAAGAUAUCAAGGUGAUGAACUGGUGAGGGAACUGACUCGGAUCAAACUCCGCACAGAUAGCAUGGAGAUUCUGACCUCAGACAUCAUUGAUGGUUUGCUGAAGUCCUACCGUGAUGUUCAGGACUAUGAUGCUAUGAUAAAGCUCAUAGAAACUGUGGCGAUGAGUUCUAAAUGUGACUUGAGUGACCAGAAUAUUAUUAGAUUCCACUACGCAUUUGCACUGAAUAGGAGAAACCAUGGAGGUGACCGUAUAAAGGCUCUGCGAGUCGUGCUCCAGAUUCUGGAAUACUGUGAAAAUCCUUCCCCAGACUUGUUCUGCCUGUGUGGGAGGAUCUACAGAGACAUAUUCUUGGAUUCAGAAUAUAAAGAUUAUGAAAGCCGAGACAGCGCUAUUGUGUGGUAUCGACACGGUUUUGAGCUUCAGCCGAGUCUUUAUUCAGGAACCAACCUUGCAGUUCUACUGAUAAUUUCUGGGCAGCACUUUGAAAGCUCUUUGGAACUAAGGAAAAUAGGUGUCCACUUGAACAGUUUGUUGGGAAAACAAGGGAGCUUGGAUAAGAUGAACAGAUACUGGGAUGUAGGUCAAUUCUUCAAAGUCACCAUAUUGAUCAGUGAUGUCGGGAAGGCCGUAAAGGCAGCAGAAAGGUUGUUCACACUGAAGCCUCCAGUCUGCUACCUGAAAACAUUAUUUCAGAACUUGUUACUAAUUCACCACUUUAAGAAAACUGUGAUUGAAUAUUCACCAAAGCAAGAACAGCUUAAUUUCUGGUUAGACAUCCUUUUUGAAGCACUAAAUAUAGUUCCCAGUGGACUCAGAUUUCCGGUUCUAGUGAUAGAACAUACCAAAGUGUACCAGCCUUCUUAUGUCUCUAUAAACAAUGAAGCUGAGGAGAAGACUAUUACUCUGUGGCACGUAUUACCCAAGGAAAUGAAACAAAUCUAUGAAUGGAAUUUCACAUCUUCUUCUAUUAGAGGACUAAGCAUAUCCAACGCUGAUGAGCGGUGUUGUUUUCUUUACAUCAAUGAUAAUGUUGAUGACUUUCAAAUCUGCUUUUCUACCAAAGAGCAGUGUAAGAGGUUUUACUCGUUAGUCAGAGAUAUGACAGCAACAGGCCAUAUAGUGGAGCUGGAGGAAGACAUUGAUGAAGCCAUUGUAGAGUACAUAUAUGAACUUGAUGCCAAUGGCCAACGAAUUGUGCUGGGAAAAGGAACCUAUGGGAUUGUGUACGCUGGAAGAGAUCUGACCAAGCAAAUGCGAAUCGCCAUCAAAGAAAUCCCAGAAAAAAAUAGCAGAUACAAGCAUCCUGUGCAUCUUGAGUUACACCUGCACAAGUACCUCAGACACCGCAAUAUUGUUCAAUACCUGGGUUCUGUGUCCGAGAAUGGCUGCGUUAAGAUCUUCAUGGAGCAGGUUCCUGGGGGAAGCCUGUCUGCCCUUUUGCAAACUGUAUGGGGGCCCAUAAAGGAGCCCACCAUCAAGUUUUUUACCAGGCAGAUCCUGGAAGGCCUUCAGUAUCUCCACGAAAACCAGAUUGUGCACAGGGACAUAAAGGGUGAUAAUAUUCUGGUAAAUAUCUACAGUGGGGUAAUAAAAAUCUCUGAUUUUGGAACCUCGAAGCGUCUCGCAGGAGUGACUGCAUAUACAGGGACAUUUGCUGGCACGCUUCAGUACAUGGCACCUGAGAUUAUCUAUCGGAGUCAAGGAUGUUUUGGCUCUGGCGCCCCAGCUGAUAUCUGGUCCCUGGGUUGCACCAUAAUUGAGAUGGCCACUGGAAGGCCCCCCUUUUCUGAGUUAGGCAUGCCACAGGCAGCACUGUACAAGGUGGGGAUGUUGAAGUGCCAUCCAGAGAUUCCAAAAUCUCUUUUAUCUGAAGCCCAAACCUUCCUUUUGUCCUGCUUUGAACCUAACCCCAAUAAACGCCCCACUGCUGCCCAACUACUCAAAGACAAGUUCUUAAAGCAGGUGAAGAAGACCAAGAAGUACCAAAUUACUUUCAAGCCACCAGGCUGCACCACUCCACAGGAUACCCUGGCUGAGCCCACCUCGGGUCCUCUCAACAAUGAGGAUCGGCGGGUCCCUUCGAACUUGGAUACCAAUCCAGAGGCAUUUUUCGACACGGCCUCCAUGUCCAGGAGCCAGCAGGAUGACCUGGCCAGUAUGACAGAUGACAGCUUGGAAAAGCAGGACGUGACCAUGUACCUGAAGCCCAAAGGAAGGGAGCCAGGCCAUUUCCUGAUGUGCAAUGACAAUGACCAUCGCAUGACCCUGUUCAGAAUCCUCAGGGAUGAGCAGAGCCAGAUGGUAUCCAACCUGCAAGAGUACUUGGCUGAGAAUUCAGAAGAGCCAUAUCUGUCAGUUGGCUGCAUCAAGAAAAUCAUUCAAACCCUGAGGGACUACAUCCGCUCACAGGACAUCAGAAUGUUGGUAUCCACAGUGUCACAGCUGAGGCUAGACGUGGACUUCGACACCGAAUACAUUGACCAGAUCCACUUGGUUUUCUUUGGAUUUCAGGAUGCUGUAAACAAAAUUUUGAGGACCCACUUAAUUAGGCCCCAGUGGAUGUAUGCAAUGAACAACAUAAUUUAUCAAGCUGUGCAUGCUUCGGUCUCCGUUCUUAUUCCAGAGCUGAGUACCCACCAAGAGCUUGUCUCUGACACUGAGGAUGAGGUGGCUGAGGAGUAUCUCCCAGCAGGCCUGCUGGACAGUGAUGACCAAGGAACCUAUGGAGGGGCCACACAAGCUUCAGGGUUUUCCCUGGAGCACCCGCAGAAAAUGACCUUCCAGCUGAAUGAGAUCAGGCAGGAGACCAACAGACUUUUGAAAGCCCUAAUGGAAAAAGAGAACGAGUACCAGAAUCUUAAACAGCAAACUGUCCAAUGGAAAACUCAAGAGCAUCAGCUUCACUACCAAAACAGCACUAGCAGAAUGGACAGAGUUCAUUCAUGUCACACAGGAAUAUUUUAUUUCAUCCAAUUUGUUUUUGUUUUUGAAAAGCUACACAUUAAAACAAAAACAUCUCUAAUCAUUAUUGUUAUUACAGAGAAUCCAGCAUCCUCUCCUAGGUCCAAUGGGCAGAGAGCAGAAAAAGAACUUGUAGAGUGGUUACAUAUGCAAAAACUGGAUGCAAAUACAAUUGAAAAGGUUGUGGAAGAGGGUUUUACACUUUUUGAUCUCCUAAAUAAUACCACUAAAGAUGAUUUAAGAUACAUCAGACUACGUGGUACCUCCCUCUGCAGGCUGUGGACUGCAAUUUCCCACUACAGAAGAGAUGUUCAAGGAUCUUCAGAAGUGCAAAAUGCAGCUUAAUUAUCAAC